CCGCCGGUGACGUCGCCAGCGCUCUAGCUAGGGUUGGCCGGCUUGGCGUGCGCCUCCUGCCAAUUCCUUUUGUGUGUGUGUGGAGAGAGAGAGAGUUUUUUUACGCGAUUGGUCUAAGGGCUUUCAAGACUGGGGUUUGAGCGCCGCUGCGUGACGCGCGCGCGCCUGCUCACCCCUUGCCCCCCCCCCGCAGCCCCGCUCCUUUCUCUCUCACACACACUAAGCGCGUGGGGACUCGGGGAGGCGGCCCUGCUUAGUCGAGGCGCCCGACUAGGCUGGCUGGUUGUACAAAGCCCGGCGGCGGCGGGAGCCUUCCUGACUCAAGCCCAGGGAAGGAAGGAGGCAGACCAGCCAGCUGCGUUGAGUGAAUGCCGGACAAGCUUCUGUAGGUUUACUCGGGAGUAAGUCCCCUUGUGUCCAGCGGGGGCUUGCCCUGCCCGAAACUCCAUGGAAAUUGGGACCAAAUAAGUACUGGACUCCAAGGUGUAAGGAUCUCUCUCAUCUAGCUGAGCAAACAGAACUAUACAAGUCACACUAUCUUCCAUCUCCUUGCUCCUGCUGCCACCACCUUUCCAUCCAGCUGGACCAUGGACAGAUGAUCUUGGCCCUGCCCCAGCUAUGCUGCAGAUGCGUGGCCGCUACCUGCUGCUCUUCCUGGGGGUGCAGCUGGUGGUGAUGGCCCUGUUGUAUCACGAUGGCUACCGCAAGCGCGUUGCCUAUUUCCUAGGCAUCUUCUACAAGGGGGGCACAUUGACUAUGCUGGCCAGCCUACACAAUGUUUCGCUGCCAGGGGACGUCUAUGCCAACCUCAGCCUAAUUGCCCGCCCCCCUCUACCCCCAGAGGACCUUCCUUACUGUCCAGAGGCCUCUCCUUUCCUUGGAGGCCCCAUUCGGGUGACCUUCCCCCCAGGACUGUCACUGGAAGAUAUUGCACGGAAGAAUCCCCUUGUGAGCAAAGGGGGGCGCUACCGUCCUCCUGACUGCGAUGCCAUCCACAAAACAGCCAUCAUCAUUCCCCAUCGCAACCGAGAGCAGCACCUCAAGUACCUGCUCUACUACCUGCAUCCUUUCCUGCAGCGGCAGCAGCUCAGCUAUGGCAUCUACAUCAUCCAUCAGGCUGAAAAUUACACUUUUAACCGGGCCAAACUCUUGAAUGUGGGUUUCAAGGAAGCUAUGAAGGAUGAGGACUGGGACUGUAUGUUCUUCCAUGAUGUGGACCUCAUCCCUGAGGAUGACCGCAAUGUGUAUACCUGUGACCGUUUCCCCAAGCAUGUGGCUGUUGCCAUGGACAAGUUUGGCUACAAGCUCCCAUACAAGACCUACUUUGGAGGGGUUUCAGCACUCAGUCCAGAGCAAUACAUGAAGAUGAAUGGCUUUCCUAACAACUACUGGGGCUGGGGCGGUGAAGAUGAUGACAUUGCAAUCAGGGUAGCGUUGAGUGGCAUGGUUAUCUCUCGUCCAUCUACUCAGUAUGGCCGCUACCGUAUGAUCAAGCAUGGGCAUGACAAGGGCAAUGAGCAGAACCCCAAGAGAUUUAACUUGCUGGCCAAGACAAGGAGAACAUGGAAGCAGGAUGGCAUGAACACAUUGGAGUACCAGCUGCUGUCCAAGGAACGCCAUCCCCUCUACACAAAUAUCACUGUCUUCAUUGGCACUGAGAAGGGAAUGCACCAUUCCAUGUGAUGCUCUAGCCAGAGUGGCAUGGGGACAGGAGCCCCACCCCGUCACUGCUCCUGGACUGAGGAAACCAAAGAAUCCACAGGGGGAUGGACAGCCCUGAGCGGUGUGGUUAUGAUGUGCUGACUAUAGUGUCCAGCAAGGUGCUAGGGGUACUGCAACCAACGGACUGCAUGGGGCUUCCACACAAGACUUCUCCUUCCCCCUCUCCUGGAGUCUUACUCUUGUGGGCUGGAUAGGGGUCUGACUUUCCAGGACUCUGCUUGUGGAUGCCUUUCAUACCUUAAUUGAAGAAACGGCACAGUAGCGUGACCAGAAAAGCAGGACUGUUCUUUACAGUCUGAACCUCUGCAGCUGCUGUAUCACAGUUUCUUUCUUAUUAAAGUGCAAUUUAUUUUAAA